ACGCCAAAAUAGUGAUAUUAACCUGCAUAUAGACAGAUAAUUGAUUCACACGACGUGUGAAACAUUCAAGAACGGUUUUCCUUUGACGGUGUUGAUUAAGGAAGAAAAACAACAUAUUGUCUUCACCUGUUUCUUCACAGCGCCACUUAGUGCCAUUGCAUUUGAACCUGUCAUUCUUUGACACCGUUUGAAAUGUAUACGUCGACAAAAAUGAUUUUUUAUGUCACCAAAAUGUAGUUUUAUGGUUUGAAAUACACCAAAAUUCCGCUUCAAAACUACACCAUAACAACAAGGUUAUGAAUUGAUUCAAUAUCACAAUGAACAAGACCCAAUACGUCAUUUAUCUUUAUCGAGAACUUUCAAGUCGKCAUAGAGGUCGAAUAAGCGUUGCUUCUUCCAUUGCCCUCGUCUUCCUCUUCCUAACCUGGGGCCUAAACUUCACAGUGUGCUUCUGUGUCAUCAAGAAUAGAAAAUUGCACAAGUUGACUAACUUCUUUCUAGUUAUCCUUGCAUUUGCAGACCUUACUUGGGAGGUCACCGUCAUGCCGCUAUGGAUCGAUGUACUAAUAAAUGGUAAAAUGAGAUUUUCACAAACGGGCUGCAUGUUCACUGGCUUCAUGACAACACUUUGUAAAAUUGGAAAACUCAUGACGAUCUACAUGAUCUCAAUAAACCGACUCUGUAACGUAUACUGGCCCUCAAUAUACCCUUCUCUUUACAAUAAAUGCGCAUCCAUCGCCAUGGUAACUAUCACGUGGUGUGUAAGCCUUAUAAUAGCUAUUGUCGUUACAACGGUAAGCGAUGCAACGUUCGAGUUCCAUCCCGGAAGAGGAAUGUGCCUAUUCACUUACAAAGACUUGACCAUUGCGGGGUAUCUCACAAUCUCCAAGUUUCUAUUCAGUGCGGUAAUACCGCUGUGUAUAAACACUGUUUGUCAUUUUAAAGCUUAUAAUGAACUCAAAGAACAUAAGCGAGAAACUCGGGGUAAAGUACGCAUUCAAAUAUUUGCAGUUCCUGAGAUGAUUAAAGAGGAGGUCGAACAAACUACUAGUAAAGAUGAGAUCCAGGCCACCAGAACACUUCUGGGAAUAGUGUACGUUUAUUGUUUGUGCAGUAUUCUUACGACUAGCAUAGAAAUGGCGGACGCCUACAGACCGUACUUCCUGGACAGAGGAACCCACCUAGCUUUGACAUUUUUUGGCUUUGUAAAUAGUAUUCUCAACCCACUAAUGCUUACUCGCACCAACAAGGAGUUUCGUGAUGUUGUUGUGGUUAUGGUUGGGUGUAAGUGGAACAGUCGAGCUAUUCAUGUGCAGUAGAGGCAUAUGGCAUUAAUUGAACAAAAAGCGACUGCUGUCCAUGUGGUCAAGGACCAUCUAUUGUGAACAUAAAUCCAGGUGAACUUUUUAUCUCGAUACAAGCCUUUUUUUCAAAAUCAAAAAUUUGAUAAUGAAUUUGAUAAGUCAAGUCAAGUCAAGUUUAAUAACAGAAAUGAGAUUAAAGUUUAUUCACGAUAUUCCAUACUGAGGUUCACAGCGACCGCGAACAAAGCAUUGAACCGAGGCGUCAAGGUACAGUAAACAUAAAAGAAAUGAUCUGUGAUCAGUGUUCCUUGAAGCCUAGGUACAAUGCUUUGUUUGUGGUCACUGAACCUGAGUACGGAAAGUCGUGAAUAGAUAUAAACCACUGACUUGUAAAUAGUAAAAACAAAUAAGGACAGGUCAAUGGUUUACAAAUGGUAGGAAAAAAAAAGAUAAAUUAUACACAUCUGAAAUGACUUUCAUGAUGUUUUCAGAUCCCUUGAAUAUCGCAAAGGUAAACACCAAUUAUACCAUAGGUGAAUCCCUUUUUUACAAAAAUGCUCACUAGCAGUAGAGUUAAAAUGUCGACAGAAGGUAAAGCAGUAGUUUUUUUUUUUUGUGGUUAUUGGAGCUUCCUUCACUAUCUGGAAAUCCUUUUCUGUUUUGUCCGGAUGUAGUCUCCUCGCAGCCGUUCUUAGUGCCAGGCUCCCUGACGCCCGCCCAACUGUCCCGGACAGGAAGCCUUCCACAAAGAACAGCUGCGAGGAGACUGGUCCGAAUUGAUUAAAACAAGUUUUUUUACGGACAACUAUUGCUGUUUGAUUGCUCAUAAAUGUCAAAGUUAAACAAUUCAUUUGGAAAUAUAAUUAGAAUCAUAAGAUUCAAUCAACUUGGUGAAGCCCAGCUAGAGGAAAUAGCGGCUUGAGUUUCUUCCUAACACUACUUUUGAUCCUUUUCUUAUCAUAGUUUUCUAGGUUUUGCUAUUAAUUUGCACUUGAAUGAAAAUUAGCAUGAGAUGAAUAAAUACUUCMUACAAAACGUACUCAAGUCAUAACGUUCCAAAAUAGGAGUAUGGCUUUUAUAUAUUUUCCGCUUUUUCGUUUUCUUUUAAUAAUACAAUUUUGCUGCCAACACAAUGAGCCUGGCUUUGGGGACAAUUUGCAGUUUCGUAUCUCAUUAGCUCCAAGUUUUUCUUUCUUUUUUGGUGUUAACUGCUGAGCGACUAAAAUUUACCGAACCUAACUUUAUUUCCGUUGUAAGUGUAGCCGACGCGCGCAAACGGAGAGACUUGCAAAUCUGCUGUUCACCUCAUCAAGUGAUAUUAGCAAGCUCAUGCGGCUUUCAAUAUCUUCUGCAAGAUAUCCCUGACAAYCAUUCUAAAAUAAUAAAGUGACCAAGGUGCUAACAACGUCUUGAGUGUGUUGUUUAGGACAUUACCUGGCUGCUAAAUUCUAAACUAAGACGUCUGCUUCUUCUCCGUGACC